AAAAAAUAAAAAAUAAAAAAUAAAAAAUAAAAAAAAUAUUUCCAUUUCUUCUUAAUCAAAAUUAGGAAUUAGGAAUCAGGAAUAAUUCUAUUUGCAUACUACAAAGCAACAUACAUAAUUGAUGAGACGAGGGGCCUAAUUAACGGCUAGUUGUGCCUUUUCGGCAUCUUAUCAUCUUCCUUUUCGAAUACCCAAAGUCGCUUUCAGUUCAUACAGUACAGCUAAGUAGUACACCCACACUAGACCUGAACAUAUUAGUAUGCGACGAUGAGGUUUUCGACCCUCUCCUUUGGCCUUUUGGCCAUCCUCACACCCCUGACGUCUGCAUGGACAAAGGAGGACCGCGAGAUCUUCCGCCUCCGUGACGAGCUAUCACAACACGAGGGUCCUGAUGUUACCUUCUACGACUUCCUCGGCGUCACCUCGCGUGCCACGCAAGACGAGAUCAACAAAGCCUACCGCAAGAAGUCGCGUGCCCUGCACCCUGAUAAGGUGAAGCAGCAGCUCACCGCCGAGCGCACAAAGCAGGCGAAAGAGCAGGCCAAGGGCAAGAAGAAGACCACCGUCACCAAAGCCCCCUCGCAGUCCGAGAUCAAGUCCGCUGUCAAGGCCGCCGGGGAUCGCCAGGCCCGCCUCUCCAUCAUCGCCAACAUUCUCCGCGGCUCUGGCCGUGCCCGCUACGACCACUUCAUGGCCCAUGGCUUCCCCGUCUGGAAGGGCACUGAGUACUACUACAGCCGAUACCGGCCGGGUCUAGGAACCGUCUUGUUCGGAUGUAUGCUCGUGGGUGGCGGCGGCUUCCACUACCUCGCGCUGUACAUGAGCUGGAAGCGACAGCGCGAGUUCGUCGACCGGUACAUAAAGUUCGCGCGCCAGGCCGCCUGGGGCGAUAAUCUCGCUAUCCCGGGUCUUGACGCCGGCGGCGCACCUGCCCCACCGCCCCAACCUCCAGCAGGAGGCGACGACGAGCUCCCGAUGCCGAUGAAUCGCAAACAGCGACGCAUGCAAGAGCGAGAGACACGCAAGGAUGCGGCCAAAGAAGGAAAGCGCCAGCCCCGUAGCAGAGUCCGUGCCAGCCAGCAGGCCAGCGGGAGCGCGACCCCGGUGCCGCAAACCCAGGGCAGCGGACCCGGACCCAGCGGCCCCAAGAAGCGUGUCGUGGCUGAGAACGGCAAAGUCUUGGUCGUGGACUCCCUUGGCGAUGUAUACCUAGAGCAGGAGGAUGCUGAUGGCAAAGUGGAAGAGUUCCUUCUUGACGCCAACGAAUUCCCCAAGCCCACCAUCAAGGACACCGCGCUCGUCAAGCUUCCCCUCUGGGCAUACUCCGCUACUGUCGGGCGUGUCCUCGGCGGAUCAAAAGCUACCGACAGCCACCACCGCCACUCCGACGACCAAUCCGAGGACGACGAGCCGGCCGCAGACGACACCGACGACUCGUCCUCCUCGGACCCCCCGCAGCGCACCCCCUCCACAGACUCGGCCGAGGACUUCGAGCUGCUGGAGAAGAGCGUCGACGAGCUCCCCACUACGGCUGCGAAGCCCAAGGCGUCGGGCAGACAGGCUAGCGCCAGCAAGGCGAAGAAGCGGAAUAAGAAACGCUAGGGGCGGGUCUUUUUUUGGCGACGGGAAGAGAAACGAGAAGUAGAAGAAGAAGAAGAAGAGAAAGAGGAAGUAGACGAGGGCAAUGCGAAUGCGAAUGCGGAUACGAAUGCAGAAGGAAAAGCGGCGAAUAAGGAACAACAUGCAGUGGGAGAGUCUUGGAUGCUGGUGCCUGCUGAUGAAUGAGUAGGUAGGUUGCCUAGGUACCCUACCUUACCUAGGUGGCCUAGGAUAGGUAUGUAGAGCAGUUUUGCCUCGACUGGCUUUGGCAAUUCAUAGAUCUCUUCUAACUUCUAAGUGCACGUAUGCUUGUCAUCUACCUAGCCUACCUACCUAACCUACCCAUUACCAGACAGCAAGUAACAAGUAACAAGUAACAAGUACAUAUAGCCCGUGCCAAAACUUGAACCUACCUACUGUAGGUACCUAGGUUAGGUGCCUACAUAGAUGGUAGGUAUCACACCCUCCGAGAUUCUAUAAAUGAGAGUACCACAUUACCUACAUCUAACGAUAUGCCGUUCUUAAAAAAAAAAAAAAAAGUGAAAACUUC